UGUCCCAUUGUUGUCAUGGCACGAUAUGGUACUAUUUUACAGUUCCUGAACAUUAUAGUCAUAUGUGUAAUAUUUGUAGAUUCCACUAUUGUCAAUACGUUUACCCAAGAUUCAGUUGGUUUUAAUCACAUGACUGUUGAUACAAUCACUGGUGACGUAUACAUUGGUGGUGUUGAUUACAUCUAUAGACUGGAUACAGAUUUACAACUCAUCUAUAAUAUAACAACUAAACCUGAUGAUAGAACUGAUAACUAUAAUAAAAUAUUAUCAAUCAACUACGAUGACAAUAAUCUGGUUACGUGUGGAAGAGAUAAUGGAUAUUGUCAGAUUAGAAACUUGACUGACUUGUCUGUGCUAGGUGAUAGUGAUAUAUAUGUUGCUGCAAAUACUGUGGAAGACUCUACUGUGGGAUUUGUAGCACCCGGUUAUGAUGAUAAACCUAUGUUGUAUGUUGGUACAUCAAAACGAGGACUUGACUAUGGAAGAGAAGCAGUGAGUGGACGACAACUUGAGGAAAACAUUUUCAGCACAGUAUCUGCAACCCCUGGUGUUACAACUAGUGUAAGUAUAAUCAGCUACUACCAAACAUCAGACGAUGUUAUCUAUAUACAAGGUUUCAGCUAUGGUGGAUUCAGUUACUUUCUAACCGUACAACGUUUGGGUAGAUAUGACAAUUCGUACAUAUCUAGGAUAGUACGUGUAUGUCAAGAGAGAAAUGACUACUGCUACCAUUCUUAUACUGAAGUAACAUUACAGUGUAACAGCCCUGAUG